UAAAUUUAAUAAUACUUUUAGACAAAUAUUAGGGAAGAGAUGUUUGUCAAUGAGUUUUGUGACCCGAAGUAUGACUCACUUCACAUUCAAUCCUCAGACUCCGUCCACCAAAUCGGGUGAUACGACUCGUAUGAAUCUCUUCCAAGCCGUGAACAACGCUCUGGACAUUGCGUUAACCAAUGAUCCUUCGUCUGUCAUAUUUGGUGAAGACGUGGCAUUUGGAGGAGUAUUUCGAUGCACUGUUGGUCUUCAAGACAAGUUUGGCAAAGACAGAGUGUUUAAUACACCACUUUGUGAACAAGGAAUUGCUGGCUUUGGUAUCGGUUUGGCCGCUGCGGGCGCCACAGCCAUCGGGGAAAUUCAAUUUGCAGACUAUAUAUUUCCUGCAUUUGAUCAAAUUGUCAACGAAGCGGCAAAGUUUAGAUACAGAUCAGGCAAUCAAUUUGAUUGCGGAUCUCUUACACUUCGGGCUCCGUGUGGUGCUGUAGGACACGGAGCUAUGUAUCACUCACAAAGUGUUGAGGCCUUCUUUGCCCACUGUCCCGGACUUAAAGUGGUUAUCCCUCGCGGACCCAUUCAGGCCAAGGGAUUGCUUCUGAGUUGCAUAAGAGAUAAGAAUCCCUGUAUUUUCUUUGAACCCAAAAUUCUGUACCGUUUGGCUGUAGAACAGGUGCCACUCAAAGACUAUAUGAUUCCACUGUCCAAAGCUGAAGUGCUGGUUGAAGGCGAUGACGUGACACUCAUUGGUUGGGGAACUCAAGUGCAUGUCUUACAUGAGGUCUGUCAGAUGGCAAGCGAUACUCUGAACGUCUCGUGUGAACUCAUAGAUCUGGUGACAGUCCUUCCGUGGGAUAAACAAACUAUCAUUAAUUCAGUUAAAAAGACGGGAAGAGUACUCAUAGCACACGAGGCGCCCAUUACUGCGGGUUUUGGCGCAGAAAUUGCGGCAACGAUUCAAAAGGAAUGCUUUCUACAUCUCGAAGCACCCAUACAUCGGGUCUGCGGUUAUGACACACCGUUCCCACAUAUCUUUGAACCUUUUUAUUUGCCCGAUAAGUGGAAAUGUUUCGAUUCAGUUAAAAAAUUGAUCAAUUUUUAACAUUUUUAUCCUCAUAUACAGUAUAUAUAAAUUAUAUAAUAUUAAAUAU